ACUAAGACGGUCGAUUUGCGCUCAGGUAAGCAGUCAGACGUCGUCUUUCCUCGGUUUGUCAUCAUCCACUAAUCUUGGAUCUAUACAGUGCCAUCCACCGACAAGCCAUCAUGAGGAGAGAGGUGUAUGUUUUGCUGUUUCUCGGCUUUGUGGCGGUGUGUGCGAGGUCCCCACCAGAGGACAAGCGUGACCAUGAUGACUGUGAGUGUAACGAGGACAUGUAUCACCAUGGAGACCGCAGUGACGUCGAUGCCCGGGACGACUCGGACUCGCAUGAAGAUGAAACUGAUGGACACAUGGACUGGGAGACUAUGACGGAGGAAGAAAAGAGAGAACUCAUGCGUCGUAAACACGAGCACCACGAGGAGAACCGAAAAUGCUGCGAACACCACUGGGGAAAGAAGAAGAUUGUCAUCGCUCUGGCCUUCUCCUCCGUCGCCCUCGUCAUCAUCGCCGUCGUUGUCGGCUACUGUUGCUACAGAAAACGUUGUAAGAAAAACUGCAAGACGACACCGGAUAGCAAAUACAAAGAGUCAGUAUCCCAAAUACUGUCUGUGCCGCCAGUAGAGACGGUUUCCGGGGAGAAGAAGUACCCACUUCCGGAAGGUGACAUCGCGACUUCCGGUUCCCCGCCUCCCCCGUACACCACCCUGCCCGAGCAUGGCGUUGUCCUCGUGUCACCUCCCCCGUACCAGACGUACCCUACACCCGCACACUGAAUUAUGACAGUUGUUCCGUGGUUUUGAAUUUUAAAUAUUGUAUGUGAAACACUCUCUUUCUUGAAUACAAUAAAGCUCCGUAAACAAUUGUCUGUAUGUGAGUAUAUAUGUGAACUGUUAACUUACGAGGAACAAUAAUGAGGCUGCGUUAGACAUUUGGGUGCAGAUUUACAUGUAGACAGGACUGAAGCUAUGUUGUGUUUUGAAAUUUGAGAUGUUAUUUCCUGCUGGUUCAGAGAUUUUGUUGUUUGUCUCCUUUUUAAUACAUGUUUGUUAUUGUGGUUUCAUUAAAAUCUUUCAAAACUGA